UACUGCCUCCUCGAGAUGAGCUACUCGUCUAAAAAGUAGACGACGAUGAUAAGAGGCAAAGAGCAGAGCGUAGUAGCGGCCGCUAGAGGGCGGCGUUUUGGCUAUAAAAGGGUGGCAGCAUCAGCAGCUGGGGAGAGUGAGGUGCGUGUGCGUGUGCGUGUGUGGAGCAGAAUAGUGGGAGCGCGUGAGCAAAGCACACUGCACCACACACUAAAAAAAGGGGUUUAUUUUAAGCGCGGCGCCACCAUUGCUGUCGCCUCCUCCCUCCGCCGCUUUCCAUCUUUUCGCUCCCACCCCCCUUCCCUUCCCUUUGCCUCUCUCUCUCUCUCUCUCUCUCUCUCUCUGGUGCUGGCAGUGGCAGGAGGAGGGGAGGAGGACGGGGAAGCAAGAAAGCCAGCCGCCACUAUUUAGUUAGUUCCCUACACUAGUCCCUACGGGCGUUUUCUUUCACAAAGGAGGAGGGGGACCGGCGGCGGCGGCGGCGGCAAUGGAGACCGGGAGCAGCGGCGGCGGGAGAGGGCCCGGGGACGACGUCCACGGGCUCCACUUCGGCAAGAAGAUCUACUUCGAGCAGGACGUGGCCGGCGGGAGCGGCUCCUCCUCCUCCGCCUCCGGUGGCAGGAGGGGCAGGGGCCCCGCUGGGCCAGGAGGAGGGGGAGGUGGUGGUGGCGGUGGCGGUGGCGGCGGCGGAGGAGGAGGAGCCUCCACCCCCGCGGCCGGCGGCAGCGCCUCGCAGUCGCAGCAGCCGAGGUGCCAGGUGGAGGGGUGCGGCGUGGAUCUGAGCGGCGGCAAGACCUACUACUGCCGCCACAAGGUGUGCUCCAUGCACUCCAAGGCGCCGCUCGUCGUCGUCGCCGGCAUCGAGCAGCGCUUCUGCCAGCAGUGCAGCAGGUUCCACCAGCUACCUGAAUUUGACCAAGGAAAACGAAGCUGCCGCCGACGCCUCGCGGGUCACAAUGAGCGCCGGAGGAAGCCGCCGCCCGGACCUAUGUCGACACGCUAUGGCCGGCUUGCUGCGUCCUUCAACGAAGAUCCAGGCAGGUUCAGAAGCUUUCUGCUGGAUUUCUCGUACCCGAGGGCCCCGGCCGGCGUGAGGGACCCGUGGCCGGCCGUUCAGCCCGGCGACCACCGCAUGCCUGGCACCACCCACUGGCAGGGCCAGGGCAGCCAUCAUGAACAACACCACGCUCAUCGCAGUGCAGUUGCGGGAUACGGCGACCACCACGCGUACAACGGCCAGGGCAGCAGCUCGGGGGGAGGCGGGGCGCCGAUGAUCCCGGCGGGCUUCGAGCUCCCCUCGGACGAAUGUAUGGCGGGCGUCGCCGCCGACUCCAGCUGUGCUCUCUCUCUUCUGUCAACUCAGCCAUGGGAUAGUAGUGCCCACAGCUCCAGCCACAUCCGGUCCCCGGCAAUGUCGACGGCCAGCGCCUUCCAGGGCAGCCCGGUGGCGCCCUCCGUCAUGGCCAGCAACUACAUGGCGGCGGCGAGCAGCAGCGGCUCCUGGGGUAGCCCCCGGGGCGCCAGGAGCAUGCAGCAGCAGCACCACCACCAUCACAUGCAGCAUGACACGGUGAUGAACGAGGUCCAUCCGAGCUCGGUUCACCACGGGCAGUUCGGCGAGCUCGAGCUGGCGCUGCAGCAGGGGAGGGCCACGCCGAACCCGCCGCACGCCGAGCACGGGGCCUUCAGCCACUCCAGCAACGCGAUGAACUGGUCUCUGUAGGGACGGGAGACAUGGGACGUUGGGCGGCCUGAGUUUUGUGAGCCGUAGACUUUGCCGAUCUGGAUUUCAGGACGGGGAGGGAACCCGUAGCUGAUAGAGCACAGGGGUUUCCCGCCGUGUAGCCCAAUUUUGUCCAUGGACUCAAUACCACAUAUGUAUGUACGUGUGUGUGAAACUCCAUUGCUUUAUUAAUUCGUUUGUCAGAGGACUAGUAA